AUGGAGAACAAAGAGACGGGGCCUCUGCGGCCUGCCUCGCCUAAGGAGGGGAGACUUCAGCCCACGCUGCUGCUGGCCACACUGAGCGCAGCCUUCGGCUCUGCCUUCCAGUAUGGCUACAACAUCGCCGUGGUCAACACUCCACACAAGGUCCUGAAGGCAUUUUACAAUGAAACCUACUUCGAGCGGCAUGGGGCGCCCAUGGAUGAGAAGGUCACGCUGCUCCUGUGGGCUUGCACCGUGUCCAUGUUUCCCCUGGGCGGCCUGCUGGGCUCACUGGUUGUCGGCUUGCUGGUUGAUAAGUGUGGGAGAAAGGGGACCCUCCUGAUGAACAACGUCUUCGCCAUCGUCCCUGCCAUCCUCAUGGGAGUCAGCAAAGUGGCCAAGGCUUGGGAGCUGAUCAUCUUUUCACGAGUGGUGCUGGGCGUCUGUGCAGGCAUCUCCUACAGUGCCCUUCCCAUGUACCUGGGAGAGCUGGCUCCCAAGAACCUGCGGGGCACCUUGGGGACAAUGACCGAAGUCUUCGUCAUCGUUGGAGUCUUCCUAGCUCAGAUCUUCAGCCUGCAAGCCAUCCUGGGGAAUCCCACAGGCUGGCCUGUGCUGUUGGCCAUCACAGGGAUCCCCGCGCUGCUGCAACUCCUGUCCCUGCCCUUCUUUCCCGAGAGCCCCCGCUACACCCUGAUUCAGAGGAGGGAUGAGGAAACGGCGCGACAAGCUCUGAGGGCCCUGCGAGGCAGGACCAACGUGGACGAUGAGAUAGAGGAGAUGCGUCUGGAGGCCCAGGCCGAGCAGGCCGAGGGCCAACUGUCCGUGCUCAACCUCUUCACCUUCCGGCCUCUGCGGUGGCAGCUCAUCUCCAUCAUUGUGCUCAUGGCCGGCCAGCAGCUCUCCGGGAUCAAUGCGAUCAACUACUACGCAGACACCAUCUACGCCUCGGCGGGUGUGCAGGCUGGACACUCCCAGUAUGUCACGGUGGGGGCCGGCGUGGUCAACAUAGUGAUGACAGUCAUUUCAGCUCUGACCGUGGAGCUGCUGGGCCGGCGGUGUCUCCUGCUGGCCGGCUACGGCGUCUGCGGCUCCGCCUGCCUCGGGCUGACGCUGGUGCUGCUCUUCCAGGUUAGGACCACCCCGGGGCCCCUGGGGAUCAUCUGUGUCUUCACCUACAUCGCGGGACAUUCCAUUGGGCCCAGCCCUGUCCCCUCCGUGGUGAGGACCGAGAUCUUCCUGCAGUCCUCCCGGCCCGCCGCGUUCAUGGUGGAUGGCGCCGUGCACUGGCUCACCAACUUCAUCAUCGGUUUCGUGUUUCCUUCCAUCCAGGCCCUCAUUGGCGCCUACAGUUUCCUCAUCUUUGCCGGAAUCUGCCUCCUCACAGCGGUGUACGUCUACCUGGUUAUUCCGGAGACCAAGGGCAAAACGUUUGUGGAAAUCAACCAGAUUUUUGCCAAGAGAAACGGGGUGGAGAUGACAGAGAAGAAAGAAGAGAAAACAGAAGUCACGCCUCACGGACCCCUAACACCUGCCAGGGAGACUGCCUUUUAA